AUGGAGCAAGAGAAGGAGAAGCAAGAAAGAGAGAAGCAAGAAAAGCAAGAAAAGCAAGAAAAGAUGAUCAACCUGCUUAAUCAAAACUCUCUCUCCCAGCAAAACGCGUCGCAAGUCGAUUCGUCUGCCCUUCAAAAGUCCCUUCUUAUUCCACUUUCCCUUCGCGAUGAUUUGGUGAGAUUGGCAGAGAUUCUAAAGGAAAAUGGACGAAAUCCCAAACUACUAAAGGAAGUUUUAGAGGAUAUUGCAUUUUAUGAUAAUGUGGUUGCUAAAAAGGUAUAA